UAAUUCCAUACGGGGGGAAGUCUCGCGAUUGUUGGCGUUAUUAGAGAGAGUUGGUGAAGAUGGCGCCUGUUGUGACAGGGAAAUUUGGGGAGCUCCCUCAGCCAAAGCGUUUAACAAGGGAGGCAAUGCGCAACUACUUGAAGGAGAGAGGAGAUCAGACAGUACUCAUACUGCAUGCAAAAGUUGCACAGAAAUCGUACGGCAAUGAAAAAAGAUUCUUCUGUCCUCCACCAUGUGUUUACCUGAUGGGUUGUGGCUGGAAGAAAAAGAAGGAGCAGAUGGAGAGAGAGGGCUGCUCGGAGCAGGAUUCUCAGCCUUGUGCCUUUAUCGGCAUUGGAAACAGUGAACAAGAAAUGCAGCAGCUCAACUUGGAGGGCAAGAAUUUUUGCACAGCAAAAACAUUAUACAUUUCUGACUCGGACAAACGGAAGCACUUCAUGCUGUCAGUGAAAAUGUUCUACGGGAAUAGCGCGGAUAUCGGUGUCUUCCUCAGCAAACGAAUCAAGGUCAUCUCCAAACCUUCCAAAAAGAAACAGUCACUGAAGAAUGCAGACCUGUGCAUAGCUUCUGGGACGAAGGUGGCUCUUUUUAACCGCUUGCGGUCCCAGACUGUCAGUACGCGGUACCUUCAUGUGGAAGGGGGAAACUUCCAUGCUAGUUCACAACAGUGGGGAGCCUUCUUUAUUCAUCUAUUGGAUGAUGAGGAAUCAGAGGGUGAAGAGUUUACAGUCAGGGAUGGUUAUAUCCAUUACGGUCAGACGGUGAAGCUGGUGUGCUCUGUGACAGGCAUGGCUCUACCCCGACUGGUCAUCCGUAAAGUGGACAAGCAGACAGCGCUAAUGGACGCUGAUGAUCCUGUGUCCCAACUACAUAAAUGUGCCUUCUACCUUAAAGAUACAGAGAGGAUGUAUCUCUGCCUGUCACAAGAGAGGAUAAUUCAGUUCCAGGCCACACCCUGUCCCAAAGAAACAAACAAAGAAAUGGUCAAUGAUGGGGCGUCAUGGACAAUCAUCAGCACAGACAAAGCAGAGUACACUUUCUAUGAGGGGAUGGGCCCUGUACUCUCACCUGUCACACCCGUGCCUGUUGUUGAAAGUUUACAGCUGAAUGGAGGAGGAGAUGUUGCCAUGCUGGAACUGACGGGACAGAACUUCACGCCUAACCUAAGAGUCUGGUUUGGAGAUGUAGAGGCAGACACAAUGUACAGGUGUGGCGAAAGUGUGCUCUGCGUGGUUCCUGACAUCUCUGCAUUCCGUGAGGGGUGGCGUUGGGUUCGGCAGCCAGUGCAGGUUCCUGUGACUUUGGUCCGUAAUGAUGGCAUCAUCUACUCCACAGCCUUGACUUUUACCUACACGCCAGAGCCGGGACCACGUCCUCACUGCGGCGCCGCGGGAGCCAUACUGCGGGCCAACAGCAACUCCUCCACCUCACCAUCUUCCUCAUCCUCCAGCCUACUGCUGCAGUCAGCCGUCGACAGCCAGGCAGGAUACGCAGCAACGGGGAGCGUGUCUUCAUCUUCCUCUUCCUCAGCUAUGUCUGUCUCCUAACCUGGGAAUCUCAGUGUGUGUUUGCAUGUGUGAGUAUGUGAGCCUUUGUGAGAGAUGGUGAUCUGUCCACUCGUAGACUCUCCUGCAUAGAUUCAUGGGAUACAGAUCACAAAAAAGGAUAAUGGUGCCACAGAGAGAGAAGAAAAGAGAGACAAGACUUCACAAAAAGACUGGACAGAACAAAUGAAGAUGUCUCUUUUCUACUCUCUCUCUAUCUCUCUUUGUUGCAGUUCUUUUUUAGUCUGUUCACUCACUUCGGGGGAAGUGGCAAAAGAAGUGAUGUGUGCCGUGGAUCAAGAUGCCACAGGAUCGCUGCGUUAGCCUCACAUAAAAACAAUCCAAAAACAACAACGAAAAACACUUUCUUUUCAAAACAAAGCCUUUUCUUAGUAAGUGCAAGCUGGAAGUGGCUUUGAGUGAUUUUGUUUUCUACUAAAGGGCUUAAUGCACUGUUUCGCCAGGCUUGGAAGAAAAGUUAUCAUAGUAAUAUAGUUUUUACGGACCAAGGAAUAUUAUUAUUAUUAUUAUUUUUAUUGAUAUAUAAUUUUAUAAGCUUUAGCUAAGGUACAUUUUUCACCUUUUUCAGUUUUAUAACAUAUAGUAAACUUUUGUUACCAAAUAGUUUUGUAUAUUUCUUGUGAGCGUUUGGGCUCAGAAGGAAAAGGUUCAUGCAUUUUAAAAGCCUGAACUUAUAGCUGCCUUUACUCGUCUUGGCAAAUGCCUUAAGUCAUCUGGAGUGUUCACCAGACCCAUUCUGUUUUGUAAUAAUAUUUUAUGUCAUGUAUAUUGGUCUUUUUCCCAUUCUUUUUUUUUUCGCCACUAAACAAAGAUGUAAUAUUGAUGCCAUUUUUGUGUAUUUGGGAGAAGGUGGCUCUUUUUUUUUCAUAUGAAGUCUUUAACACAAAAGCUUUAACUGACUUUAAAAUAAUAUCGUACUUCUCACAUAAGCGUAGCCAUUGAUCUGGCCCUUUUUCAUUGGCUAUAGAUGUUCAAGCUGCCAACACAAUGCUAACCUAUAAAAAUCCCACACCUAAUGGCUUCCAUUUAGUUUAACAUAAACGCACAAAAAUCGUUUUAAUGGGUCAGCGAUUUCUAAUUAAUUGGUCGACUCAAAUCCUUUGGUAGGGAAGGACUCGUUUGCAUAUCAUUCACGCUUUCAGUGUCACGAUUACUGUUAGUAUCAGACUAAAAUCAGCAUGUAGAAAAACUGGUGCUUUGUUGUCAUGUGAUUAAACCAUAUAGAGAAGCAAUUGUUGGGAUUCUGUAAGUACAGUCAUGUUACAAGAAGCUUGAAUGAAUAAAAGUUUGUAUUCUCUCAUUGAUACCAGAUAGGGAUGUCCAAGAUUACUCAUUUUCAGAAUCAACCUAUUUAGGGCCAGAUUUACAAACUCUCUUUUGGUGUUAAAAAACGACUGUCAGGAUUUACUAAAGACCGUGAAAAAUUUAUGAAAAGGUUGGAAAAUUGAUGCUUGUGGUAGAUUGCGUUGGUCAUUGGAAAUGAUGUAAAUUUGCACAUUACCCACAAAACUUUUCACUCCUGUCAGCACUUUUGUGGUAAAAUGGUCUUGCGCUAAUUUACCCUAGUAAAUCUGGCCCUUGAAGGGUUUUCUGACACGCUCGCCGACUAAUCAGUUUUAUAGUUCAUUUUUACCUAAACAUGGCAUCACUUAUACUUGGAUACUCAAAUGGAUGUAUGAAUGUGUAUGGUUGUACUAAAAAUCUAGUCAACCUCACUAACUGACUAUCUUGUUUUUGGACCCAUCCCUGCAUGUAUUCAAAUAGAUUAUCUGUGUCAAGCUGAAUGGAAAGAACCUGAAAAAGCACUUGUUAUCACACAUGCUGGGUGAAGAUCUUUGGUUUGUAGAUUACAGAAAAUGGAAUCUUAUCCUGCCUUUCUUAUAUUUUGACUGCAGAAGUGGCAUCACUGCUACGUAAAAAUGUGCCCUUUUCAAUUGAUGUCACAUGCAACUUUUUUUUAAAUCAAAUGUUUAGUAACAAAUGUUAACUUCUGUAACAGCUGUAGUCUAAAGCAGACUAAAAAUGAGGCCUUACACCACUACUGCUUAAUAACAGGAUCUGUUGAUAAAAUAUUACACUACAAAUUAUGUCCUUUUGUGGAAAGGGCAUGAUUGUUCGUUUAUACCUUUUUAGCAGUAUAAUACACAGAGCAAACUGUCAUCUCAAUUCUGCUCUUUCUAGGCAUCUUAGUUUCUUUUGACGUACUUUUCCCGCCCCACACAACUCUGUAUGCAUCAUCUGAUCAGACAGAAAGAGACACUUGUGAAAUAGUGUGCUCUGGAAUUUGCUGUUACUCAGUAUGGACUGCAUUUUGUUACUGUUUGGGAAUAUAUAGGAACGGCAGAAGUAGUUCCUCAGUGGUUUUGGUUCUUUUAAUUGAUCCCUUCCUACCAUGGCUAAUAUUUAUAUAGGAGUCUAAAUGUUACAUUGAUUAUUUUAUAUAACAUUGUAUUACAUUUAAUGGUUUGUUAAUAUUUCAAAAUAUUUCUUCCAUGAUUGAGGGAAAGUUACUAUGAAACUUGUUUUGUAUAUCAUUCUUUUUAAGUAGUAAGGCCAUGUUUGGUCUGCAUUUGAAAUUGUUGCUUUAGAAGAAAUAAAAGCCAAAACCCAGUAAUUCUUGCAAAGCCAUUAGUAUCUACUGUGAGCAAUUCCUCAAUCAGGGAAGAAUAUUAAAGCAUACCCUGUGCAAGUGCCGAAAUGCAAACCGCCAAAUCGAAAGGUCAAAUUGGGAAGGUCAUGCCCAACUUUUGUUUUCAGUGUUAUUUUCCUCUUGUAUCCAGUUGUCUUCCAGAUUAACCAUGUUGAGUUUUAUCAUUUCUGUCUAUCACAUAAAAGUUUGCCUGUCACCUGUGCCACUGUGCUUACAUUGAACAGAAAGUAGUGUGUUAGAUCACGGUUAUCUUCAUCAGUUUUGUCUGUAGAAAAAAAAAAAAAAAAUGAUGAGAAUUGGUGUCUUUUUUCUCAGCCAUUUCAAUGGAUUGAUUUACAUUUUGGAAGUUACCAGCCUUUGCCAAAUGGCUAUCAGCUGUUCUGGUUUUGAGUGCAUGCUCUAGCAGAUUUGUACUGUAUUGUUGCUGUCUAACUCCUAAAGGGCCAGUGUAUCUAUUGCGUUUGGAAUGGAUCACUAAACACUGUAAUAGAUUAAAAAAAGUGUCAGAUUGUU